UCAUACAUACGCUUCACUGUAGCUGAAAUGUGGGUCCAUUAAAAUUCGAGCGCCGUUAGAUUAGUGGGCAUUCGUCGUCUUCCCUGGUAGCAUUUCCUAUGUUCCAUCACUAUUUCUUCAGUGUAAUAAGAAGAAAUAAAAGAUGGAGCAAUUCCGUAAUCGCUGGUGUCAGUAUUUAGCAGCAAUUACAGCUACCAUGUCGAUGGCUACUGCCGGAUCUCAUAUAGGCUGGACGUCACCAUCUUUACCAAUGCUGAAAUCUAACUCCUCUCAUAUUCGGAUAACAUCCGACGAUGCCUCUUGGAUCGCCUCAUUCUAUCUUUUGGGCACCGUACCCGGAUGCAUUUUAGCAGCUUUCAUUGUCGACUGGCUGGGUCGAAAGAUGAGUUUACUGAUAGCUGGUGUACCUCUCUUUGUCGGAUUUAUCAUGAUAAUAAUAGCAUGGAAUCCCUAUAUUCUCUAUGCUUCUCGCUUUAUUAGCGGUAUCGGUCAGGGCGUAGUAUAUGUUGUUUGCCCGAUGUAUAUCGGCGAGAUAGCCGAUAAGGAAAUCAGAGGUGCUCUUGGUUCUCUUAUCAAGCUAAUGGUGACUUUCGGAGAAUUGUAUGCCCAUGCAAUAGGUCCCUUCAUGUCUUAUCAAAAUCUUGCUUAUAUCUGCCUAUUGCUGCCACUAAUGUUCUUCCUUACCUUUUCCUCGAUGCCCGAAUCGCCAUAUUUUCUGCUAAUGAGAAAUCGCCAGGACGAUGCGAUGACGAUUCUGAAGCGCCUAAAGCGCCGCGUUUCCGAAGACCAACUGGAGAUAGAUCUGCAAGAGAUGCAGAAAACAGUCAUUCGCGAUCUCAGAGAUCGCGGUCAUCUUGGAGAUUUAUUCAAUACACCUGGGAACCGGCGUGCCAUCAUUAUCAGUUUUGGCCUGCAAUUGAUUCUCCAGUGCAGUGGUAUCGCCGCAAUCGAGUCAUAUACUCAGGAGAUCCUCGAAGAAGGUGACGGAGCUCUGCCUGCUAGUAUCACGGUCAUUUUGCUCAGCUUGUUUCAAUUGAUCGCCGGUGUCGGAGCAACGAUUCUGGUUGAUAAACUUGGUAGACGCCCGUUGCUUUUGAGUACCACUUUUCUAGCUGGAAUCACAUUGAGCAUUGCCGGCAUUUUUUAUUUUCUCAAAUUUGUAUAUAAAGUGAACAUGACCGGAUACGGUUGGAUACUUCAUUCAUCCGUGAUAUUUUACGAGCUGAUUAUCGCUUUGGGCCUGAAUCCGCUACCAUAUAUGAUGCUGGGCGAGUUAUUCUCGACUAACAUAAAAGGCGCUGCUGUAUCAUCGACUAAUGUAAUGUCCUCGUUGCUGGCCUUUGCCGUGUCCAAAUUAUACCAGGUGAUCUCCGAUUAUUAUGGAGUGUACACGACCUUCGGCUGUUUCGCCUGUAGCUGCUUCGCCGGCUUAAUUUUCAUCAUGCUAAUCGUACCCGAGACCAAAGGCAAGUCGCUGUUGGAGAUCCAAGAAGAGCUUCAUUGCAAGAACAAGAAGAAAACAGAAAGAAAAUCACAAAACAGGAAAAGGAACGAGCAAAUUCAAAUAAAAAUAAGCAACGUACGUUCUCCGGAUUAUGGGACAUUCGACAAAAAGUCUCGAGGCGGCCGAUCGUCCUUCCGGUUACGAUGGUUACGUCCGGGUCGAUUAUAAAAGCGAACGAGCAAUAUUUCCAACAAUUAUUGGUAAGAUUAAUUGCAAUUAUUUGAAUACGUAAUUGGACUCUCUUUAAAAAGAUAUGAAUGAAAACGGCGCGUUAUUAUUUAUAAAAAAUGGACAUUAUUGUUUGCAAAAGUCAGAGAGCGACCCCUGUCAAAGUCGGCUUUUAUACAAAAAAAUUCAAAAGAAACAUUUGAAAAUCUUUACGUUUACUUUCAAAGUUUCUUGUAUUUUAAUUACAAUUUUGUAAUUUUUCUUUCCAUAUUUUAUCGCCUGAUAUAAAACUAAGAGACCCAUUGUCAGCUACAUAAAAUUAGAAUUAAAGUUUAAACUAUAUUCGGAGGAAGGAUACCUCAGAUAAAAAUUAGCUUGUAAGAGUUUAAUAUUUAAGAAAGGGCCCUUAUAUUCCAUUAAAGGAGACGUUUCAACUGAAGUAAUGAGAUCGCCGAAAGAGCAUUUCCCGAUCAUCAUGUGAUAUAUUAUGAUUAAAGAGAAAUACUAACGCGUAAUAAUAAUAAAUCUGUUU